AUGACUCAGGGAAAGUGCAAGCCAGACAGAGUCUGGUCCAUCGAAGGCCAACACGAGGUCGUUUUCAAGCAAACUUGGGCAGCAUACCUUAAAUCGUUUGGUUACGAUUUGGACGACUUUUCGUUUUCAGAUAUCGAAGGAGGCAAGAAAUUCGUUUCUGGAAAGGCCAAAAACGCUCUCCCCAAAGUUCUGGACGCUUCUGCCGUUUCUGCAGCUCCAAAAUUCACCGAAAGAACCCAAAAGACGUUUGAAGCCAAUCAGGGCAAAGCAUUGACUUAUGAAGGCACUUACGACGUGAAAGCGAAGGCUCCUUCCAAAGAGGUUUAUCUGCACUUGGCGAAAUUCAAGCCAGCCGAGUUGCACCAGGCGUUUUGGGCUUCGUUGAGGAAUGACUCGCCAGAUAACAAUAUGCUUCGUUUUGUGAGAGCCAGGAAGUUUAAGUUGAAUGCCAUUGUGGAUAUGGCUGCUAAAUGCUUGGAAUGGAAGGUGAAGGAGUAUCCGGUGGAUAAAUGGACGAUGGACGGUGAUUUGGAGAUUUACGAUUCGAAAAAACACCCAGAAAUCAUUAAAGCGUUUGAGAUGGAAAAGGCGUACUUUAGAGGCGUCGACAGAGACGGCGGCCCGAUUGUGGUGAUUCGUGUGAAGAAGCACUUUGGCUCGGAUUGUCCAGAAAAGGACUUUGAGCGGUUUAUCUGUUUGAUUAUCGAAUGGGUGAGAAUUGCCUUGAAGGAUUACGAGUUGGGCAAUGACGGCGCCAAUAUUCUUUUCGAUAUGAACGGGUUUUCGUUGAAGAAUGCCGAUUUGAGUGCCGUUAAGUUUUUGGCCAAGGCGUUUGAAGCUAAUUAUCCGGAAUCUCUUUCUGCCAUUUGGAUCCAUAAAGCUCCUUGGAUCUUUAACGCUGUGUGGAAGAUUAUCAAGGGCUGGUUGGACCCUGUGGUUGCUUCCAAGGUGCACUUUACAAAGAAUGCAGACGAUUUGGCCAAGUUUGCCGAUAAGAAGUUUAUUCCUAAGGAUUUGGGUGGAAAUGAUGAUUAUAAGCCUGAGUACAUCAAGCCUACUAAGGAAAAUGCCGGUACUCUUCCAAAGGAUGAGAAAUUUGAACAGUUGUGGAAGGAUAGACAGGAGUUGACGUAUACGUUUAUUGAGACGACGUUGGCUUGGAUUAAGGCGAAGAGUGCUAAGGAGAGCACGGAGCUUUUGGACUUGAAGAUUCAGUUGGGCGCUGAGUUGGCGAAGAAUUAUUUGGAGUUGGAUCCGUAUAUCAGUGAAGAUCUGAAGAUGUCUGAGUUGAAGAUAUCUGAAUCUUUGGAAGUGAAGAUAUCUGAAUCUUUGGAAUUGAAGAUGUCUGAGUCUUUAAAAAUCAAAGAUAUCUUCGUUUUCUUGAGAUCUGAAUCUUUGAAAAUUAAAGAUCCUCUCCAUUUCCUUGAGAUGAUCUUCACUUUCUUAAGAUGA